AUGGCACAAUAUCGUCCUUUAAUUAUGUUGGCAUUGGGGAUAACAUUCAUCUAUUGGAUAAUCUCCUUGCACUCUGCACCUUAUCCAUAUCCUAAAAACAUUACAUAUGCUCAAGAUGUGAUAUUCGGAUAUCCAGGAUUUUUAAGUCCUGAUGAGGUGUUUAUAUAUGUUCAAGAUGGUUGGGUAUAUUUAACGGCAAUAUGGAAAGAAUAUGAGGCCGGACCGGUGGAUGAUGUUAGAGCUAACAUUUGGUGGUUUGCAGGAUUGAUCAAACAGUAUAAGCGUCCAUUGCAUCCGCUUCUGUUACCAGAGAAUAAGGUUAACCCGAAUAAUAAGUGGAAGCUUCUAUACAUCCAUCGUCUAAGAGGACCGAUAACUCAUAUAUCAAGCUAUUUCCAUAAAAAUACACUGAAUCCAACAUCGGACUCGGAAUACAAUGAAAACAAUGCGUUGGCGAUAUUGUAUCAGAUUCAGGCUGAUGAAGAAAUUCACUAUACUCUAAGAUUAUAUAAUUUAGGAGAAGUGGAGAGCAUAGAGGGUGAUCUCGAUAAUCCCGCGGAUUGUAAGAAGAAUUCGCACAACACGUGUCACCUGGUGCCUCCGUUUAAAUAUCAAGAUAUAACAUUUCCGGGAACCACGAAAAUUAUGUCUUUUCAUGUCGAAAACUCGAGUCCAGACGAUGCAAAAUUUCGAAUUAUUAAAUUACCACGAAAUAUUUUUGAUAUUUCGAAAAAAAAAAACGAUGCAUUGACUAUUAAAUCCAGCGAGGCUGGACCCUUCUUAAGGUUUACGAAACAAGAAAUUUUAGCAAGGAAAACCGCAACUUUUAGACGUGUUUAUGCAGUGCCAGGCGUAAUACGGGUCAUGCAAGUAGAGAUCACAGCGAAUGAAGAAUCCUGGACCUUUCAGGUUACGGUGAUACAUAAUUCAUCGUUAUCGGAGGACGCAAGUGGACCACGAGUGUCAAAUUGGCGUCAAAAGAAAUUAAUUGCGAUUACAUUUGUUGCCAUCUUUUUAAUGAUCAAGCAGUACACACCUUCAGUAACUAAAAAAGCUGAUUAUGAACAAUUUGAUUUCGUGAGUGGCUUAGCUUUAACCUCUCCUGUCCCAAUUCCUAGACCUAUUGUUGUAACCGCUCGUAAUGUUACUACGAUAUGUAUUGCUUUGAAUAAUGUGUUAUUUACAUUUGAUUACAGUGACACAACCUUGACAGAUUCUAAACAAGAUUCUCAAAGUAAAGAGGCCUAUGUGGUUCGUAGGGAGUAUUUGCCGGUACUUGAAGAAUGGCCGUUUCAAAUAAUCGAAGCGGAGAUAAAUUCCAAAGGAAAUUUAUUAUUGCUUGUUACUCAGGAAAACUACAUUCUUAUCUACAAAAGAGGUACAGCCGAUAUACAUCGUUUUCCUUUACUGUCAUCGUCAGCGCGUGCUAAAAACGGUUGGUUUGAUAAACCAACAGAAGAGAAUCAUCAUGACAGAACAACAAAUAAUGAGGCGAAUGCAAAUGGAGAAAAUUGGGAACUAAAGAUGGUCAUCACGCUACCAUAUUUAGAUUUCAUAAGCCAAUCUGAAUUGGACAUAAUAGCAGUGAAAUCAAUAAAUAUUUCCAGGGUGUAUGUGGAUAAUAUCGAAAAAAAUGUCACAGGAAAUGUAUUGCUGAUAAUAUUUGAUAACGGAAAUGUGGCAACGUUUCAUCUGGACAAACCAGAACAAGAAAUGAAAUUGUGGUUUAUCAUCAAGAAACAAUGGCAGAUGUAUAUAGGUAAGACUGAAUUAUUUAUGAAACAAUGA